UCCUGUCUGUCGGUCUUGACGCCCUCAGACAACGAUGUGUUCGCGUUGCACAGUCGUCGCAGUUUGAUCGUUAUAGCUGAAGAAGGAAGUGCAGCCAUGGCGCAAGGGAUCAAGGAAAGAUUCGAAAAGUUCCUCCGUGAGAAGAACCUCAUGACCGACAGUUUAGCGAAGAUCGAAGCGAAGACCGGAGUGAGCAGGACGUACAUAGCCCUCGCUGUCAUCGGCGUCAUCUCGGUGUACUUGGUCAUCGGCUACGGAGCCUCGCUGCUGUGUAACCUCAUCGGCUUCCUUUAUCCAGCCUACAUAUCGAUUAAGGCCAUUGAAAGUGCCACCAAGGACGAUGAUACUAAAUGGCUCACCUACUGGGUAGUGUAUGGACUCUUCAGUGUGGCUGAGUUUUUUGCCGAUAUCUUCCUCUCCUGGUUCCCAUUCUACUAUAUCGGAAAGUGUGCCUUCUUGGUGUGGUGCAUGGCUCCCACUUCUUCCAACGGAUCGAUCCAGAUUUAUAACCGCAUCAUUCGACCAUUUUUCCUCAAGAAUCAAACCAGGAUCGACGAUGCAGUGAAGACAAUCCAGGAUAAGGCGUCAGAAGCUGCUGACAAGUUCAAAGAUGAGGCCAAGAGAGCCACAGCAAACAUCAUGUUUGAGGAGAAGAAGAGCUCUUAAGGAGGCUUACUGUCCACAGCCUCACUCUGGAGAUGACUCUGUACUAGAGGAAACUUUGCCUUGAAAAUGUUUGUUUUAAAGAGAUCCUGUUAAGUCCCUAAUCUUCAUCCAACCUGUAUUAGAUGUUACAUGUGUCAUGCAUCAAUAAAAGCAGUUAUGAACCAAAUAAAAAAACAAACCUCCUGAA